AAAUCAGAAACAUGAUGGGUCUUUCUCGAGCAAUUCUUGCACUGUUGGUAUUGACGUGCGCCGUGCAUGGAGGGAUCGUAAAGCGGCAAGCGAAUCCAGAUGACCCGAUUGUAAUAACUGAAGCAACUGGACCAACUGGAGCAACUGAAGCAACGGAACCAACUGUGCCAGUUGAGCAAACGGAACCAGCAGGUCCGACAGAAGCACCUGCAGCAACAGAAGCACCUGAAGCAACAGAAGCACCUGAAGCAACAGAAGCACCUGAAGCAACAGAAGCACCAACAGAAGCACCAACAGAAGCACCUGAAGCAACAGAAGCACCUGAUCCAACAGAAGCACCUGAAGCAACAGAAGCACCUGAAGCAACAGAAGCACCUGAAGCAACAGAAGCACCUGAAGAAACAGAAGCACCUGAAGAAACAGAAGCACCUGAAGAAACAGAAGCACCUGAAGCAACAGAAGCACCUGAAGCAACAGAAGCUGCUGAUCCAACAGAGCCAACUGCCCCAAUCACGCGAGGCCCUGCAUGCCCAGAAGCUGCCUUGACUACUUGUGGACCAGGCGAAAAAAUCAUGGAAAUAGCCUUGGAUGGCGACCCGUGUCCUAUCUAUGAUUGUGUUCCUUCACACACAGCCUGCCCACCUGUGGCGAUGCCGGGCUGUGCACCGGGAGGCCGAAUUGUAGAAAGGUGA